AUGACCUCGGUGUAUCGGCCCCGGCUUUGGGGGGAGCUGUUUGAGUGCUUCUCUGAAAUCGGUGCCCUGUCCUCUGCGGGAGCUCCCCUGCAGCGGACUCUGUCCGAUGCAUUACAGGCCACGCGGUUCGGAUUCGCCUUGACCUUUACGCACCGAGGAGUGCGACUCGGGGACAGCCUGGCCGACGUGUUGUUUGCCUUUACGUUCAGUGCCCAUGUGGCGUCUGCCGAACGGGCCCGAGCCGCUGCCAACUUAUCCUCCCCGAAGCGGAAUGUGUUCUCGUGGGUCCGGGCAGACGACUUCGUGCAGAUGUCCACACAGUCAUGCCGACGGACCCUGACGGAUCGUGUCACUAUCUUUACGGAGCAGGCGAAGUCUGUUGGAAUCCAGGUUGCCUUUGCAGCCGAUCAGACAGCUUCCAUGCUGUCGAAUGUUGAGGACCAGAAGCCUCCCGUUUGCGGCGAUCCGGAUGUUCGUUCUCUUUCCUUCCGCAGUGCCGUUUCUGGCAGGUGGCAUCGUCUUCCAAUUGUCGAUGCUGAUCGUCACCAGGGUGGAAUCGCGACCGUCUCGGGCACUCCUGUUCCGGAGGUCUGUUCUCGACAUUCAUUGGCCAUGAUGUCGAUCCGGCCGCUCCGGUUCAGAUUGUUCCCUGCCUACGGCAUUCCACAGAGGACCCGCAGUCAUCUCUUGCGGUCCCUUGCGGUGCCCCAAUAUUCUUUCGGCGGUGCUGCACUCCAUAUGCAUGCUGCCAUCCACAAGCAGUUGUGGGCGAAGCAUUACAUUGCCCUGUGGCGCAACCUGUGGCGCCGGGGCAAGGACGAAUUGUCUCGCCACAGCUUUGCCGUUCUUGGGCCUGCAGGGGCACCACCCCCUCCGUUGGCGCUGCUUGGCUUGGUUGCGGAAGACGUCGCACAUGUGUCUCAGCAGACUGCACGGACGUUGCUGCACAGCGCCGAGCCGGUGACCUUCCUGGUCGAGGCGGUACGGGACAACCCUCGGUGGUGGGUCAAGGAGGUUUGGGAGGUCGAGCGCUCUGAAAGGCUGCGAGGCAGCAGGCAUAUCAAAGGAGGCGCAUGGGACGCGUUUUCUGCCGCCCUGCCUACGUACGAUGCAGGCAUAUAUGGGCCCUUCCCUGUCACAGCCGAUGAGCGACUGGAAUGGCUCGGCGAGGAUCUUGAUGUUGGACUUCUGUCACGGAUCUUCAAACCUGAUCGGAACCUUUCUGCGCCUGGGUCGAGUCCUUCGUAG